AUGAGGUGCCACAUCGCCCACGUAGCCCUCGUGGUCAGAGACUACGACGAAGCCAUAUCCUUCUACAGGAAGCUACACUUCACCCUGGUGGAGGACAGGUUCGUCCCCGCCCAGUCCAAACGCUGGGUCACCAUGCGCCCUCCCGGCGCGGGCCCCGACGCCGCCACCAUUGUCCUGCAGAAGGCCAACACGGAGGAGCAGCUCGCCGCCGUGGGGAACCAGUCCGGCGGCCGGGUCUUUCUGUUCCUCGAGACGGACGACUUUGACAGGGACUACAGGAGCAUGAGCCAGGCGGGCGUGGAGUGGGUGAGGGAGCCGGUCGUGCAGGAUUAUGGAAAGGUGGGCGUUUGGAGGGAUCUGUACGGCAACCAGUGGGAUUUGAUCCAGCGGAACAAAUAA